GGAGAACGCGUUCUCUCUCUCGAUCGAUAACAACAGCAUUGAGCGCGUCAUUACAUUGGAGAGAAAUUGUUACGUGAUCCUCACAUUUGAGAGUUACAUUGUACGUUAGUGAGCGAUCUAGCUACACACAUGUGUAGUCUGAAGUACAUAAUUGAAAUAACUGGUUGUCUCAUAUCUAGUUAGGGGUGUAUUCAUGACGCUAUUCUGUUACAAAUCGUUUCGGAAACGGAAGCAAACAAAACGGGGCGGGACCUACCAGAAUUUGUCCAAUUUGCACGAAUGAUUACACCCUAGAUUUUCUGAAUAAAAACACAUUUUUGAUAACUUUAGCCUAGCUAACGCUAGUACCAGCAGAGAGGAGAUCUAACUUUUUAUUUAACUAGGCAAGUCAGUUAAGAACCAAUUCUUAUUUACAAUGAUGGCCUACCCCGACCAUACCCGGAUGCUGCUGGGCCAGUUAUGCGCCACUCUAUGGGACUCCCAAUCACGGCUGGAUGUUAUAUAGCCUGGAUUCGAACCAGGGACUGUAGUGACACCUCUUGCACUGAGAUGCAAUUAGACCAUUGCGUCACUCGGGCACAUAGCUGGACAAUAUCAUGGAAGUUAACAACCCUCUUGGCCAAUAUUAGCAACAUUUUGCAGAAAGUGACAUUAGAACUAAUGUUUUGCCUUUGGGAGUUUAACUAUCCCAGUCUACACAGUAAUGCCAAACAAACUGGCAACUAACCCUUCUAUCUGUGGGAGCCAGUAUACGGUUGCUAUGGAGAUCGCCCCGGAAGACAUAGUGAUUCAGGAUACCUUGGGGGCAGAGGUGGAGGUACUGGAGGACGUGAUCAAAGCCCACAAGCAGAGUCCACCGGAGAUCCCCAGGUUUUCUGUGCCACGCCCGUUCUCCAUGCCAGAGGACUCGAGUGACGAUGACUGUGACCUGUCAGGGGACAGCGUCUCUGCUUACGGCAUGCAUUCCAUGGAGCUGGGGGGAAAGUGCUGGGAAUGUGGCGUGCAAUUCAAGUCUGGCCAGGAGUUGAUCGAACACUUUGAGAGCCACGGGUCCAAGGUCUCAACAUCCUGCAACAUCUGUCGGGUGACUUUCAGUCGCACAAUAUCACUGGCUAAGCACCUAGUCAACGCACACCCAAACUCAGUCCUCCAUUGCAGCAACUGCCAGCUGCAUUUCAGCAACUUGUGGGAUCUCAACAAGCACAUAGGAAUACACUUGUUCACUGAGUUGUUAAAUACACCCCUUGGGUACAUCUCAAAUAAUGUCUUGAAUAGCAGUGAAGAGACUUUAAAGGGACAGUAUACUCUACCUUCAGCCUUGGCCCUCAAACAUGAUGACAACUCAAAUGAUGGCUUGAAUGGAAGUGAGGAGACUUUAAAGGGACAGCAUACUGUUCCUUCAGUGGUGGCUCUUGACCAUGAGUACACCUCAAAUGAUGGCUUGAAUGGAAGUGAAGAGACUUUAAAGGGACAGCAUACUGUUCCUUCAGUGGUGGCUCUUGACCAUGAGGACACCUCAAAUGAUGGCUUGAAUGGAAGUGAGGAGACUUUAAAUGCACAGUGUACUCCACCUGCAGCGGUGACCCUAGACCAUACAUACAGAAUGGAAAACAAUGGGAGAGUGUCAAAGACAAGACAUAGGCUGGAGGAAUCAGAGGAGGGGGAAGAUGUCAAACCAGACCCCUCCACUCUGACUCCCUCACUGAGGAUCUGUGUCAAACUGGAGAGAGGGGUUGAGGUUGAUUGCGCCCCCCUCCAGUGGGAUGAGGGGAUGAACGAUGGAGAGGGGAAUGAAUAUAGCACUGAGAGCGCUGGAGGAACAGACAACGACAAGUUAACAGAGAGCAGCGGAGAAACUGAUAUCGAUGAGGAGGACAUCAUGCUGAGUGAAGAAGAGGAGGAGGAAAUUAAAAGCAAACAGGGGGAGGAUAGAAAUAAUGACAUCCACAGCGAAGAAGAGGAUGAGGAUGCUGAGACGGUUAUUGACCAAGAGGGUGAGCCUUCCUCGUCUGAGCGAGAGUCAGAAUUUGACCCAGGAGAGUUAUCAGAUUCUGACUCGGGGUCCAGCAGCACUGGGGAAUCCAGUGGGUCUUCUUACACUCCUGUACGCACACGGAAAGCCAAGACCCGGCCAUCCCGGACUAAGCAGCCCCAGACCAAGUUGUCCCAGGUCAAGCCUUAUUAUUGCAUCUAUUGUGCCAAAGGACCGUAUCAUAAUAUGGAAUUUCAUGUGAAGACCUGCAAUAUGAAGAAGGACUUUCAGUGCUCUUUAUGCCAAGCAGUCUUCCCUACCGAGAUGGCCAUGUUGGACCAUCAGGUUCGGACUCACUCUGAAACCAUAUCUGGCCAAAUGUACGCCUGUGAGUUCUGCCGCCAGGUCUUCCCCGAUCUGGCCAUCUACAAAAACCAUAACUGUCCCAAAAAAGACACACUCCCGCCAUAUGUACCUGAUCCCACUACGUGUAUCUAUUGUGGAACAGGGCCAUUCACUAAUAUGGACGUCCAUUUGAGAGGCUGCAGUUGGAAAGGUCUUACUUGCACUGAGUGCAGGGUACUCUUCCAUAAUAGGAAGGCCCUGCAGAACCAUAACGUUUCAGUUCACGGACAGCUUUCCACUAUGUGUGCGGUUUGCGGCAGAGGGCCAUUCACUGAUAUGGACUUCCAUUUGAGGAGCUGCUCUAGGGAUUGGUCCUUCCAAUGCUCUGAGUGCAAAGUCCAAUUUCCUUCUGAGAAAUCUCUGGUGGACCAUAAUCUUAAAUAUCACAGUGCCACAUCAAAGACCUCUGACCAAGGUGUCUGUGUUUAUUGCGGCUGUGGACCAUUCACUAGUCUGGACAUUCACAUGAGGACCUGCUCUAAGCAGAAGGGCUUAAAAUGCUCUGUGUGCAAAGUUUUUUUCCCUACUGAAUCGGUCCUGGCUGAUCAUAUGGUUUGCUAUCAUAGCACCCCAUACCAUGUCCAUAGAACCCCAUACCAAGUCCAGAGCACGGACUCCGAGACCACUGAAGGUACCUGUCUCUAUUGUGGCAGAGGUCCAUUCACUAGUCUGGACAUUCACAUGAGGACCUGCUCUAAGCAGAAGGGCUUAAAAUGCUCUGUGUGCAAGGUUCUUUUUCCUACUGAAUCGGUCCUGGCUGAUCAUAUGGUUUGCUAUCAUAGCACCCCAUACCAUGUCCAUAGCACCCCAUACCAAGUCCAGAGCAUCCCAUACCAAGUCCAGAGCACGGACUCCGAGACCACUGAAGGUACCUGUCUCUAUUGUGGCAGAGGUCCAUUCACUAGUCUGGAUAUCCACUUGAGGACCUGCUCUGGGAAGAAGGGCUUCAAAUGCUUUGAAGCCCUUCCUACAGAGACAGCCCUGGCCGACCAUAAGGUUCUCGUUCACAGUAUCCCAUCAGAGACCCCUGACAAAGGUACCUGUGACCAUUGUGGCAAGGGGGCAUUCACUAAUCUGGACAACCACAUGAAGACCUGCUCUAAGAGGAAGUGCAUCCAAUGUUCUGUGUGCAAGUUGUUCUUUACUAGUGAUGUUCUGGCCAACCAUAUGAUUUCCUAUCACAGUACCAAAUCCCGAGUUCAGAGCCCAGUCACAGAGAUGCCUGACAACGGUGCCUGUGUCCGUUGCGGCAGAGGGCCCUUCACUAGUCUGGAACAUCACAUGAAGUACUGCAAUAAGCAGAAGGGCAUCCAAUGUGUUAUGUGUAAAGAUUACUUUCUUACUGAGGGCAGUCUGGUGGACCAUAUUGUUUUGGCCCAUGCUGACAAGCUGGUCACCCAAGCUGGUGGGUCCUCCACUACGACUUUCUCCUUCGUACCCAUGGCUAUCUCUACCACCUCAGGCCGGCAGAGCCCCAGUAGCCCCCUGAUGUGUUGCAGUAGUGGCAUCAAGGAGCUGAAACGACUGGCCCCAGUCCUAGUGUCUGAUCAGGGCCACCGUGCAGUUGGCCAACUAACACCUGCUGGACAGUCUGUGUCUCUGCCUAGAGUAAUGCUGUCUACCACCUCCUCUUCCCAGCCAGCUGUUCCUGUGGUGGCCACCUUGCUCAUUGACAACACUGGUGGUGGUCCAGCGAAAAUUACCAGGCUGGUCCCAGUUGCCCCACAGACCAACCCCCCCAAAACGCAGGUCACAGCACCCACGCAUACUAAUACAGCAAAGCCCCUUGGGCAGUUCUCUAACCUUCUGCAACAGACUGUCCAUCAGGCAAAAUCUGUCCAACAGCAGACACCCAGGCCCAUUGCCCUAGCCAUGGACCCUAUCAGAUCCCCCACCACCCCAUCCCCUAGACCUGUCUCAGCCUCUGCCCCGGGGAAAAUCACCAUGAUCCACCUCUCACCUGUCCAUACUCCCCCUCUAGUGCAGUCUUCCCCCCUUACCCUUGCCUUUGCCCCAGCCCCUCUAAGCAUCAUGUGUAUGUUUGUGAAUAGAAGUAAGGAGCUGGCCCUGGAGAAACGCAUGAAGAUGAGCUGGCGCUCUAAGUGCACCUACACCUGCCGCCAGUGCGGCGCCGUCUCGCAGCAGCCCUCGCUCAGUGUGAAGCACCGCUACCUCCACCGGGGCUCCCGGCGGUACCGCUGCCACUGUGGUAGGUCGUUCCUGCGGCGGCUGCACCUCCUGCGCCACUACCUCCAGCACGCCCAGGCCACCCGCUACAUAUGCACUGCCUGCGGGGAGACCUUCGACGGAGCAAAGUGCCUCGCACAGCACAUGGUUGGAACUUCCAACACGACUCGAUGUCUAGGUGACAGCAUAACUUUGAAGCUGAGGAAAGAGUGCCGGAUGCCCUUCUCCUGUCACUGUGGGCAGGUGUUUUGUAGGCCCGCUGCUUUUCUCUGGCACAAACUGAAAAACACCCAAAGGACUUAACACUGAAAUGGGCCCACAGCAGGGCCCAGUCUAGGCCCUAUUCAAAGCAGUGGUUUUUCCAUGCCUCAACACAGGCAGGCAAGCCUAACAUUUACUAUGUUACGGGUAGAGGAGGACAAUGCAGUUUGUGGACUUGCUUGACUUUUUUCACUGAAUGAAAGAUGAUUCCAUAAGAAAUAAUCUAUGUAUGUAUUGGUUUAAAAUGUGUUUUCACUUCCACUAAAACAUUGUUUUCACCAAAAGAGCAAAAAUACAAUCAUAUUAAAAUUAUAUAUUUUA